UGGCAUUUCCUAUCUUUUCUCAUACUACUUAGGCCAUACUACAUAGUUGUCUUUUCCUCUAAAAGACUAAAUUCUUUGAGGCACGAACAGUGUUGUUUUUGUAGUAACAAAAUACAAGCUACACAGCAAACCUUUAUAAAUCGUUUUUCCCAUAAAGCCCUGAAGGGGAGGCUGGCGCCUGCGCACUGGAGCUCUGGUGGGCGUCGGCCUCUGGCGUCUUGCGAGUGCAGUGACGUAAGCCGUCGCGCGAGUGCUGUGACGUAAGGCUGCGCGCCGCCCAGCGUCGCCACCGCUGCCGUUCAGGCGCUUGGGACGCCAACAUGGCGGAGCAACAGUCUCCCGCGAAGUCGGCGGAGCCGGUGUGCGCCUUCCUCUUCAAAAAGCGCAAGCGGAAAGGGGCGGCAGGCAACCGAAAGCGCGCGGCGUGCGACCCUGAGCCCGGGGACGGCAGCAGCAGCGGUGACGAGGGCAGCACUGUGGUUCGGCCCGAGAGGAAACGAGCGACCGGCAAUCCGAUGGUCCAGCGGACCCGCGGCAGCGGCGGGCGGAGCGCGGCCCGCGGUUGUCCGAGCGGCGAGGAGGAGGAGGAGAGCGAGCGUCUGGGCGUGGUGUACAAGUCCACGCGCUCGGCGAAGCCUGUGGGGCCGGAGGACAUGGGGGCGACGGCGGUCUACGAGCUGGACACGGAGAAGGAGCGAGACGCCCAGGCCAUCUUGGAGCGCAGCCGCAAGGUCCAGGAAGAGCUGAGGGGCAAGGAGGAUGACAGGGUCUACCGGGGAAUCAGUAGUUACCAGAGGUACCUGGCGCCCAAGGACACGUCUCUGGGCAGCGCCGCCUCGGGGAUGGCGAGGAAGGGCCCCAUCCGAGCGCCCGAGCACCUGCGGGCCACCGUGCGCUGGGAUUACCAGCCCGACAUCUGCAAGGACUACAAGGAGACCGGCUUCUGCGGCUUCGGGGACAGCUGCAAAUUCCUCCACGACCGUUCGGAUUACAAGCACGGGUGGCAGAUCGAGCGUGAGCUUGACGAGGGCCGCUAUGGUGUCUGCGAGGACGAAAACUAUGAGGUGGGAAGCGAUGCUGAGGAGAUACCGUUCAGGUGCUUCAUCUGCCGCCAGACCUUUCAGAACCCAGUGGUCACCAAGUGCAAGCAUUAUUUCUGCGAGAGCUGUGCGCUGCAGCAUUUCCGCGCCACCUCGCGCUGCUAUGUCUGUGACCAGCAGACCAACGGUGUCUUCAAUCCUGCCAAAGAAUUGAUCGCCAAGCUGGAGAAGCAUCGAGCCACUUCCGAGGGUGGCGCUUCUGAUAUCCCAGAACACCCUGAUAGGGACUAAUUCCCGCUACUUAGGUUUUCCAUAAUUGUGAGAUCUCAUAAAUAUUUCGUUUUUCUUUUGGUAGUCUUAAAAACAGCCACGAUUGAAGGAGUAUGAUGUCUUCUGGAAGGAAUACCAACUAUUUAUGUGAAGGUGCUACAGACCGAAUCAAUAUACUUAACUUUUCAGCAACUCACAGUAGCCACCCCACGUACAGGUGCACAUUCUGACUCAAAUGAAUUGAAAGUUUAUGUUCUUCCGGGCCUGGGUGUGAUUUUUCUUUUUAAGGAACAGUGUUGCCACCUAGUGGAGAAAUAGAUUUGAUACUCUUCAAAGAGGACCUGAUUUACAAGUGCAAAAGUUACUCGCUUCUGGGAAAAGUAAGAUGAUUCUGUAAAUCUCAAAUAUGGAAGAAAUGAGGAAGGUAUGGGACCUACGAAUUUUCAACUUGGAAGAUGUGCGUUAAGGCAGAAAGUUUUGUUGUGUAUAUGCACAGUGCAGAAUUCGUUGUACAACUUGAAAAAAAGAUUCAAAAAGUAUUCAAAGCAUA